AUGUCGCUGAUUCCAAGCUUCUUCGGCAACAACAGGCGAAGCAACAGCAACUUCGAUCCCUUCUCACUCGACGUUUGGGAUCUACCAUUCCCUUCAGCUCCGUCGUCGCUCUCCGAAGAGACAUCGGCGAUAGCGAACGCACGCGUGGACUGGAAAGAGACGCCGGAGGCGCACGUGUUCAAGGCGGAUCUGCCGGGGAUGAAGAAAGAGGAGGUUAAAGUGGAGAUAGAGGACGACAGUGUGCUCAAGAUCAGUGGGGAGAGACACGUGGAGAAAGAGGACAAGAAGGACACGUGGCAUCGACUGGAGAGAUCGAGCGGGCAAUUCUCGAGGAAGUUUAAGCUGCCGGAGAAUGUGAAGAUGGAUCAGGUGAAAGCUUCCAUGGAGAAUGGCGUUUUGACUGUGACGGUGCCUAAGGUUGAGACGAAGAAGGCUCAAGUUAAGUCUAUUGAGAUCUCCGGCUGA